GGCAUUUUUAGGACUUAAUGAUCGGAGUGGUAUUGGUAUGGGGUGCAUUUCAGUCUGUAAUACUACAGAAGAUACCACUGAUGGGUCUUGCACUGGUAUCGGUUGUUGUGAGGCCUCCAUCCCAACCGGACUAAUGAGAUAUUCAGCAUCAGUUAGCAUCAUAGACAAAGAACUUAAGAAUUUUUCUUUCAAUCCAUGUAGUUAUGCUUUUUUAAUUGAGGAAAAUUCGUUCAGCUUCUCUUCGUCCUAUCUCAAGGAUUUCAAAAACAAAGGAUCUGGAACUGUUCCGGCGGUGGUUGGUUGGACUAUUGGUUACGAUUCCUGCGAUGAAGCCAAAAAAAACCCGACCAGCUAUGUCUGUGGACUUAACACUGUCUGUAUACAAGGCACUACUGCUCCAGGUUAUCGUUGUAACUGUACACAGGGUUACGAAGGGAAUCCUUAUCUCAAAAGUUUAACUGGUGGUGGUUGCCAAGAUAUCGACGAAUGCAAGACUGACAAUCAAUGUACAGGACCAGAUACAAUCUGCACAAAUACGAAUGGGAGCUACUACUGCUCUUGCAGUCAAGGGUAUCGUUCUAUAUUCAAAAAUAAUGGCACCUUUGAAUAUUGCCUUCCCCUUGAUCAGAGUAAAUUUUACAAGAUUGUUAUCGGUGCCUGCCUAAGCUUUUCUCUUCUACUUGUGACUUGCUUCUGGUUGUACUGGGCGUAUAGGAAAAGAAAACACAUGAAAUUGAAGGAGGAGCUCUAUAAAAAGAAUGGUGGUUUGUUUUUGGAUCGACUCCUUAAGGAACGUGAAGAUGAUAUCGAGAGUAGUACAGCUUGCGGUGGAGAUAAAAAGAGGCGAUCAAUUGUGACAAUAUACAGCGAGAAAGAGCUAAGCAAGGCGUCUAACAACUACCACGAAAGUCAAAUUCUUGGACAAGGAGGGUUUGGCACGGUCUAUAAAGGAAGUUUAUCAGAUGGUGAAGUGGUUGCAAUUAAGAAGACUAAAGUAGCAGAUACAAAACAGAACGAGCAAUUCAUAAAUGAACUUGUUGUUCUAUCCCAAAUCAAUCACAGAAAUGUGGUUCAGCUCUUGGGUUGUUGUCUGGAGAGCAACAUUCCUUUGUUAGUUUAUGAAUUUGUUACAAAUGGGACUCUUUUUGAACAUUUACAUGAAUGUGAUAACCGAGAUGGGUCUACUAUUAUUUUAUGGGAAAAUCGUUUAAGGAUAGCCGCGGAAGUCGCAGGAUCGUUAGCGUACUUGCAUGCUGAAGCUGUUAUACCCAUAAUUCAUAGAGACGUUAAAUCCAGCAACAUACUUCUAGACAAGGAUUACAAAGCAAAAGUUGCGGAUUUCGGUGCUUCAAGGCUAAUUCCGACGGAUCAAACUCAGUUAAGCACACUUGUUCAAGGAACUUUAGGGUAUUUAGAUCCCGAAUACUUUCAAUCAGGGCUAUUGACGGAGAAAAGUGAUGUGUACAGCUUUGGCGUUCUUCUUGCGGAAUUAUUAACAGGUAAUAAAGCAGUAUUUUCUCCGGGGAGACUCGACCAAGAUAGAAAUCUGUCAAGUUAUUUCCUUACUUCAGUAAAAGCCGGCAGGUUGUUUGCUAUUCUCGACAGUAAAUUGGUACAAAAUGAUAAUGAGCAGAUCAGCAGUGUACAUGGGCAUCAACAGAUCCAACAAAUGGCUGAACUAGCACAAAAAUGUUUAAGAAUGAAGACGGAAAAGAGACCUACAAUGAAAGAAGUAGCAAUGGUGCUACAUGGAUUGAUGAGGAUGACUUCUGCUUACGGCGCCUUGGACGAUGAGGAUAUAGCAGACAAUAAUAGCAAAGAAGAUGCCAUGGUUUUGUUAAAAUCGUCGGAAUCGUUGUGUUACACGGAUAGCAUAACAACAAUUGGUGAUAGCAGCAGAGGAAUAUUGGCAUUAGAAACUGAGGGACGUUAAUGUGUAUUUUCUAUUUCUGGCAUAAAAAUUCUGUAAACCCAGUGGACUUAUCUGAUGGUCUUCAAAUCUAGCUACAAGAUGUUGGGUGUAAUGAUCAAUAACAAAGAAAAAUCAAAUA